UCGCUCAUUCAAGCCGUCUCCAACCUUAUCUCAAAAUCUCGGAAGCCAUGUCUGCCUCUGCAACUUCCUUCACGCUCUCGCCCUCAACCCUCAAAACCCUAUCCCUUUCUAACCCUAAAAUCAAACUCUUCCCUCUCAAUCCAUCUUCCAUUCGCCUUCUUUCAAAUCCCAUUUCCGUUUCUUCUCUCGUUCUUCGUUCGAGUAGGGUUUCUCCUCCCUUAUCCUCUCGCUUUGUUAGAAAUGUCGCCGUCUCAUCCGAUUUCGAACAGGAGGAAAGCAUUUUUGAGAGCGAUGGUGAUGAGUCUAGCUACGCUCCUGACCCUAAACUAUUCGUCGGAAAUCUCCCUUUCAGCGUCGACAGUGCUCAACUUGCCGGCUUGUUCGAAAGUGCCGGACAAGUUGAAAUGGUCGAGGUGGUUUACGACAAGAUGACGGGACGAAGCAGGGGGUUUGCUUUUGUCACCAUGUCGAGUGCCGACGAGGCUGAAGCCGCUGCUCAACAAUUUAAUGGCUAUGAACUUGAGGGUAGAUCACUGAGGGUAAAUAAUGGACCCCCUCCACCAAAAAGGGAUGAUUUCUCUUUCAGAGGUUCCAGAAAUUCUUCAAAUUUUGAUAAGCCCAACCGUGUUCAUGUGAGUAACCUUGCUUGGGGCGUUGAUGACCAUGCACUUGAGAACUUUUUUAGGCAACAAGGAGAUGUUGUGGAGGCAAAAGUAGUUUAUGAUCGCGAAAGCGGAAGAUCUAGGGGCUUUGGUUUCGUAACAUUUAAUUCAGCAGAGGAUGUUACCAAUGCCAUUCAGUCAUUGGAUGGAGCUGACUUGAAUGGAAGAUCCGUCCGAGUAUCACCAGCAGAAGCAAGGCCGCCAAGGCGCCAGUUUUGAGUAUCAGCAGCAGAGCUUUUGAGAGGAAAAAAUUAACGUGGUUUUUGGGCUCCUUUAUAUUAACCUUAUUUUUCUCUGCAAUGUUGUCCGAUAGUAGAUGGUGCCAGAUGAUUGGCUGUACCUUCCCUAUGAACGAUGGCAUUUUAUAUUUUUCUGAUUUUGCCACUCUUCAAUUGAGAUUAAAACCUCUAUAGCUUAAAA